AUUUAUUCCCCGACAACGUAGCCGAAUAUUUUAAUCUAUCGCCUAAAAAUAUUGCACUAACUUGUACUAUACGUUCGUAGUCGAAUAUGUAUUUGAGAGAAUCGAUCUGAUAUCGUCGUUAUUUUCUUAUGAAUACAAAGCGUAGGCUAAGGCCCAACGUCAUCACAUAAACAAAUCUUAGAGAAAAUUUUUUGAACUAGAAAUGCUGUUAUUCCUGCAUCUCAAAAGACAGCAUCGUUUUAAAAUAAAUUAACGUAGUGCGCUGCAGCCUGUGUCACAUCAUUGAGAGCAGCCUCAGACUGACCAGCAAGAGAUGUUGGUUGAUCCAGAAGAAUGACAAGUACUUUCUUCUAACCACAGAAAAGCUGUAUUUAAAAAACCUUUAAAUCCAUUAUAUUUUAUAGUGGAAAAAAAGGAUUUUUCAUUAGCUGUUCAUGAAAUGUUUAGAUUUUACUGUUUUAAUUAAUUAAAUAGUUGAUUUUAUAAACCUGUCAUGUCUUCUGGCAAUCGCAACAGGGGUAACACCAAUCCCAGGGGUAACAUCAAUCCCAGGGGUGGUAGAGGUGGGCCCCAUCCGUACCCUGCUCAAGGCUAUCAUCCUGCUCCACUCAUGCACAGUGACCUCCAUUAUCCCCACCCAAAUCAGCCCCACAACCCCCCUUAUGCCUACCCCAGUCCACACCAACCCCCACUACUUUCUUAUCCCUCCCCUGUUCAGCCCUCCCCUUACCACGUGACUGUGACAGUCAAUCAUGGUGAUGCUCACCCAGCUGGCUACCCCAGAGCUCCUCCACAGGACCAUUACGUGCCACACCCUGUGGAGCCACACUAUGGUUAUGUCCCACACGAGGGCCUACAGUAUCCGCAUGCUGACAACCCAAACAGGUAUCACCAGAGGCCUGAUGGGCCACCGCACCACGGCUUUCAUGCCAACCCUCCUUUUGAUGAGAGACGUUCCUCAGGUGGACAUAUUUAUGAAGGGCGAGAAAAUGCCAAAAAUAAUUUUCAGCCACCUAAAGGCAGACAACAUGAAAGAGGUGGCAGGUCCCAACACAAGGCACCACCCCCAUACAGCCGACACAAUGACUCACAGUAUAGCCAGUUCCCAGCAGAGCCUCCCCCACCAUAUGAAACCAUUUCUCCAACACCUCAGAAACCUAGAAGUCAGGGGGGGCAUCAAGACAGAUCCCGUCCUGAUAAAAAAUCUGACAACCUACCUGGUGACAAGCAUGUGAGAGAUCAUUCAGCAUGCAGUAAUGCCAGUGUCAAAUCAAACCAAAGUCAGAAUCAACAUAAACCUAACAGGGGUCAAGGUCAGCUCAAUAAGAAAAUGAUUCCCAAAGGUCCAGCUCAUGGAGUGUCUGUGGAUGAUCUGACUAUGAAAUCACCCUCUUCAGGUGAAACUGCUCAGAACUGUAGAGAAGGAAAUCGCGGGCGUGGACGAGGUAGCAGAGGUCGUGGUUCCUGGAAUCGUAGGGGAAAACCAGCAGCUAACAGGUUUACAAGCAUGCCAGACUUAAGUCUGGGCCAAACUGUUGGUGCAAGGUUCAAUCCUUCUGCAGACAGAGCUGUUCCAAAUCUGUCAGCACAUCAAGCCCAGGCUUCAACUGAUGCUCAAAUGGGUGAAGCCUCCAAGCAAAGUGUAAACACAGCAUCACUCAGGGUAACAAAAGCAGCCCUUCAGAUCCUAUCUACCUUCACCUCAGCCAGCCAUCUGAAGGAGACAGUCAAACUUAGUUUAGAAACCUCAGAUAAAGUUGACGUUGAUUUUGUCAGAGAUUCAAUCAUCUGUGGUGAAAACAGAGGGCUUUGUACUCUGAUCAUUCAGACAGAUAGCAAGCAGUUAGCCAAACGUGUGGUGAAGAAUUUGUGCCAAAAUAUUAGAAAAAAACUUGGAGCUAAUGUAUCUUUUGUCAUUUCUAGCUCAGAAGAUGACAUGGCAACCAAGGAGGAAGAAAUGCCUCAGUUGCCAGUGAAGAAUAAAAAAGAAAGCAAAAGAAGAAGAAAAGCAACGGACAUUCUUUCCAAUCUUGGUAAAAAUGUUGUUGUUGUUCAGCCUAACUUAAAUAUGGAGCAUGAAAAAGAUGAAGAGGCAGAAAGUGAUUUAGGGCAAACACCUUCAGCAGAAAGUUGCACCAAAGAAAAAACUCCAACACCUAUCCCCACAAAGAUUGUUGUAACAAUUGGCAGAAGUUUCACAGACAAGAAUAGCGUACAUGAAUUCAUGAGGAAAGCAACGGAUGAAAAAACAGAUCCUUUUCAAGUUGUUGAAGAAUCCAUUGCAAUGUCAGCCACUAAGACACUGUUGGAUCUCUUGGCCCCCAGCAAGGCAGCUGCUGCAAGGAUAGUUAAAAAGUUAAACGCGUUUCAGCUUGAUGAUGUGGUUGUCAGAUCAAACAUUGCAUCAGAUAAAACAACAAAAGAUACUAGGACGCCUUGUGACAAAGUGAUAGACAGUUCAGAUCAGAUGUGUCUUCAGACAUUAGAAAAUCAUCAACAUAAAAUAGACAACUAUGAUAAAGCUUUUAAUAUCAUGCAGGCAAAUCCUAAUGGAAAAGAUGGGCAACAGAAUGAUGAAGAUGAAGAUGAAAUAUUGGCAUUCAGAAAUAAAUUACAAGAAGCAAUCAAACAAAAAUGUGUUUUUGAAGAUUGGAAGAAAGUUUUUCAAGAAAAGAUUAAAAACUCAAACAUUUCUAACGAGAUAUUGAAAGUUUUCCACCAAGAGACAGUGACAGAAUGCAACCGUUUAGCUGCAGGGCUGCCUGUAUAUGCAAAGAAGAAAGACAUUGUGGACCUGGUGAAAAAAAAUCAAGUCUCUGUCAUACUGGGUGAGACAGGCUCAGGAAAAAGUACCCAGAUAGCCCAGUACCUGUACGAGGCUGGUCUAGCAGGAAGUGGUGCUAUCAUCUGUACACAGCCUCGUAAAGUGGCGGCCUUAAAUCUUGCUGAAUUUGUGGCUAAAGAGUUGGGUGAAAAACCUGGCCACUUGGUUGGUUAUGACAAUGGUAUCAAAAGGCUGGUCGCAGACUACAGUAAAAUUAUAUAUUCUACAGACCUCUGUCUGUUAAACGAGUACAUCCACGAUCCUGUUUUGUCAAAGUACUCCUGCAUCAUAGUGGAUGAAGCAAAUGAACGUAGCGUUUACACUGAUAUUGUACUAGGUCUGAUCAAGGAAAGUUUGGCUAAAAGACAAGACUUGAAGCUGGUAAUUCUUUCAGCUCUGCAGGAUUCUGACAUCUUCUGUCAGUACUUUGAAACAUCUUCAGUGCUGGAGGUAUCAGGGAAGCCAUUUUCUGUGGAGGUUGUGUAUGAAGGUAAUGAGGAUUCAGUGGAGUUUGAAGAUCAUGAGAUGAGAGCUGUUUCUAAAGCCAUCCAUGUGCACAAGACUGAAGGUCCAGGGGAUGUUCUGGUCUUCUUGGCAUCUCCAGCAGAAGUUCUAAGAUGCUGUGAAGAGUUAGAAAGGCAGUUAGUAGGCAUGAACAAUUUCAAAUGUUUUCCUCUGCAUGACCAAGUUUCUCCAGAUGAACUAAAAAAAGUGCUCCAGAAGUUGCCAGAAAGUGUUAGAAAAAUUGUUCUUGCCACAAAUUGUGCAGAAACUGUAUUCCCUAUAGGUGGAAUCAAAUAUGUCAUAGACACAGGCGUGGUAAAAGAAAUGCAGUAUGAGCACAGGAAAAAGAUACAUAGUCUAGCUACACACAUCAUUAGCAGGAGCUGUGCUGAUCAGAGAAAAACAAUCGCUGGACUAGCAGCUACUGGAAAAUGCUACAGACUCUACACUGAAGAAAGUUAUAACACAAUGAAGGCUGUCAGUGAUCCUGGUUUGUUGAAAGAAAAUUUAGCUAAACCUUUCCUCAAACUUACAGAGAUGAAAAUAGAUUAUGUCACCUUUAACUUUAUUAAACCACCUCCCAUGGAAGCUUUUGAAUCAGCACUAAGCCGCCUGCAAGAUUUUGGAGCAUUUUCCUACAUUGGACUGAAAGAGUUAGGCCGAUGGAUUUCACUGCUACCUUUUGAGCCCAGUCAGGGAUAUCUCAUUUAUGAAGGCUAUAAACAGAAUCUUCUGUAUGAGUCUGUAGUUCUGGCUGCACUAAUCAACAGUGGCAUGGACAUAUUUGCUGACUCUCAGGUACCAGCUGAAACAGGCGCCAUCUCCCCUUAUGGAGAUCUCUUCAGCUGGUUUGAGCUGUACCGUCUGUGGAUCACAAGUCCUGUGAACCAGAGGCCCACAGUCUGUCAGCAGCAUAACCUCAGCCACAAAGUGUUAAACACUGUCAAACAUUUUGUCACAGAAGUAGCCCUUCUUUUGAGCAACACACUAAAUAUCAAACUAGAGUACAGUUUUUCCCAAGAUCCAUCCUGCAUCCAGAAACUAAGAAAAAUUGUUUUUAAUGCCUAUGUUUCCAAUGUGUGUCAGAGCAUGGACCAUGUAGGCUGCAGUUUCUUUUCACUCUCACUGAAUCGCCAGGUGAAUAUCGACCCAGCUUCUACUUUAGCUGAUAGUCAAGUCCAACCACAAUGGCUAGUUUAUACCAACUAUUUAAAAACACACAAAGAUUUUAUACAAGGAAUUACUGUAGUUGAGGAAGACUGGGUCUUAGAGGUCAUACAGAAAGGCAAAAUGAAAAAGGCCAACAUUUGUAAAAGCCAAUUAAUGCACAGGGAAGAGGUUGGUGCCUCAGUUUUUAACUGUAUGGUUGGUCCUCUGUAUGUGAAGCUACAGAGCCUUGAAGAUACCCUGGCACAAUCUGGUAUGGCCAAUGUUGUGGUGGAAGCUGAUAGGUACUUGGGCACUUUGGAUGUUUACUCUUCUUCUCCCAUGAGUCAGGAAACCAUCAGGCAUCUUCAGCUUUUGAAGGCUGAUGUGCUCAACACGUUGCACCAGGAAGAAGCAGAAGUUCCUUUUGUGAAGAGUUCUGGGAAUAGCCAGAGUGGAUUUAGAGCUCUCUUUGGUCUGGGAGGGAAUGUAAAGACUUUACUGUUCCCAGAUCAAAGUGACACUGUAACAAUUAGGAAAGUGAGGCGAGACACAACAGAGGAGGAAAUCAGAAAUAAAUUCAAAGCUUUUGGAGUGAUCAAAGAAUGUGUUAGUUACAAAGGCUAUGAGCCCUGGGGCCAUGUUAGGUACAGCACAUGUUUGGAGGCAGAUAUGGCAGUCCACGCUACUAGGAGUGAUGCUUCCAACAUCGCAGAAUUAAAAACCAACAGUGCUUAUAGAAGAAUCAGGAGCAAAUUUGAAGCCCGGCUGUCCUGGGUAAGAAAGCCCAUUGUUGGCAACGGCACUGCUAUCAUAUCUUGUCCACCAAUUGAGAGGUCUAUUCUUUUGGGCAAGUGGUUAACCUUGCCUGACAGGAGAGUUCUCAUUGAAGAGUCAACUAGAAAUCAAACGACACUCAAUUGCUUCAACACUGGAGAUGCCUCUGAAAGGGACAUCAAGAAAGCAAUCAUGGCUCUACUGGAUUAUGAUGAAUCUAAGGAAAACAAUAUCCAUGUCAGGCUACUUAGACAGAAGGUUGCUGCUUUGUCCAAGCAGGAAUUAAAUCAAGUUAAGCGCUUGAUUAGUGAGCAAUUCCAGAGGUUUAUGUCUGAUAGUUUUAAUGUCUCCUUGGUGCCUGUCAAGGAUUCCUCCAUUAAUCAGGUAGCUAUCAUCUACUUCAACAACCCUGUGGCAGGUUUUAAAGCCUGCAAACAGGCACAAGGGCAACUUUUUCUAGGAACACAAAACAUUGAGAUCUGUCCCAGUUUGAAAACAACAGUUAAUGUAGCCCAACCCAUCAUGGAUGUGCUCAAAUCUGAAAUAAAUGAAAUCAUUACUGACCUGAAGAAAGAUAAAGGUGUGGAGAUCACACAGAGAGAAAAGAAACAAGGGGAUUUUGCUUUAGAUAUUCUGUCUUCUAGGCCGGAACUUCUGGUUGAAGCGAGAGAUAUACUGCAGAAGGAGCUGGAAGGUCUGACAGUGGAAUGUAGGGGAAACGACAUCCUUAAAAUACUUGUCAAAGCACAAGGAGAGAAGCUGUUGGAAGAAGUUGAGAAGAGCCACUCCGUGGUGAUCAUUGUUGACAGCCGCAAGGAGAGGAUCCAUUUCUAUGGAACUGCAGAAAAUGUGACCAAUGCUCAGAAUUAUAUCAAGGAAUAUCUAAAUAAACUAGGCAGGAACAAAAAGGUUAUCUCUUUGAGAGAUUCAAGAUAUCCACUGGGCAUAUUGAAAGUUCUGGCAAAUUUGUACGGCUCAUGGCCAGAUGGAGUCAUUGAUCAGCUGGAACUGAUAGAUAUUGAUACCAACUUAAAACAACAACAGAUCACUUUGUUUGGUGAGAGUGGUACAGUGGACAGAGCACUAGCCACCAUUGGUGACCUAGCCGUGUCAUACCUGUAUGCUCAAGGUCCACAGGAAGGUCCAUGGAUGCCCUACUGCAUCAUGUGCAAGUGUCCAGUGUCUGAUAAAUCUGACCUGUACAGACUUGAGUGCUGUGGACACUGCUACUGUGUAAUGUGCUUGAUUAUAAGCAUGAAUGCCUGUGUUGAAGGCAGAGAUUUCCCCCUUACAUGUGCUGUUGAAAGCUGCAAGUCACCUUUGGCCUGGAGGGACUUGAAAGCUUUCUUUGAGAAUGAAUGGCUCCUGUCUGACAUCCUAGUGACCAAGUCUAUUGACCACUUUGUGCUGAAUCAUUCAGACAAAUACAAGUUUUGUUUGACCCCUGAUUGUCCAGUUGUGUAUGAGGUCACUAGCACAGAGGAGGGGUCAGAAUUCAAUUGUCCAGUUUGCUCACUAAGUGUCUGCACAUCAUGUCACACCAUCUACCAUGUUGGUCUCAAUUGCAAAAUGCAUGCAAGCAUAUAAAAAUAUAGAACAGACUACAUGCAUAAGUUGAACUCUCUCAUUCUCUGGAUGACUCAGACUAGACUGCCUCUUUCAUGUUUUAACCAUUGGCCUGCAAUAUAAUUACACUAAAAUCUUUGCCUCUUUAUGAAGUACCUACCAUUUUCACACAUGACUUACCUAGAUCUUAGCUCCGUACACCAUUCAAUACAUGUUUCUUAAAAGACAUUUGACUUGGUAGAAUGGCAUAGCUUUUCAUUUUUGUUUGCUUUACCACUGCUGUGUAGCAAUGCUUAUUGUAUUCUGGUUUAUUUAUUUCUAUUUUGAAAUAACUCAGCCCUCUCCCUGUGGUAACUACUUACUUCCCCUUACUGUGGAGAUGAUUUUUAUUUUAAAAUCUGAUGCAGAUUUUUUCAUUAUGCUAGUUUACUUUUAAACUCUUUUUACCUUGAACAAAAAGUUGACUGAUUUUAUUAUAUCAAAUUCUGUAUACUCUGGCAAUAUGAUAUUUUAAUAAUUUGUCAACUGAAAAUAAGGCUAGAUAAAAAAAAAAUGUUUUUAUUAAAUUAACCAGUUACUAUAUUUUGCAACUUUUUAAGAUUGGUGAUUGUUUUUCCUCUAUUUAGCAUAAACUAUUUAAAAUAAUUAUUCCUAUUUACAAAUGUUUUAUUAGUGUGCUAUCUAAAUAAUAUUUAAAAUAAUUAUUCCUAUUUACAAAUGAUUUAUUAGUUAAAGCUGUUUAAAUAAUAUCAAAAAUAAUUAUUCCUAUUAACAAAUGUUUUAUUAGUGUGCUAUCUAAAUAAUAUUAAAAAUAAUGAUUCCUAUUUACAAAUGUUUUAUUAGUGUGUGGGUUUAAAGCUAUCUCCUAGUUGUAUUUGUGUUUACAUUAUUUACCCGGUGAUUAAGGUCUUGUAUUUAAAUUUUUGUUUUGUUUUUUAAACCAUGUUGUAUUUUUAUCUUUUUGUGAUGUUCCUGCAAUAAAUGUUAGAGUGUCAUAAUUAAAA